AAAUAUUGGGAUCCUUGCAUUCGUUGAUGGUAUACUGUGUGUGCGUGGUGGAUGGUUUGAUGUGACAGCAGCGGUUUCUCUGUGAUUGUGGCGUUUUCUCGAAUUAAUUCUCGUAGUAGAGUACAGUUGAUACAAGAUGUCAGACCGAAAGGCUGAGCUUGAGCGCAAGAAGCUUCGUCUUCAACAAAUCAGAGAAGAAAAAAAGCGCAAAGAGGAAGAAAAGAAAAAACGAGAGGCUACUGAUGCGACUAAGGCUGUUGAAGCAGGCGGUGGUGGACAGGACAAGAAUCUUGAGAGGAGACGACAAGAUGCAGAUGCCCUACUCCAAGAGCUAGGCUUGCCACAACCAGGCUUAGCACCACCCUCUCCUUCAAAGUCAUCUGUAAGUGAAACAGGGAGUCAGGAUUCUACACCAGAUGGUGCUCCCUAUAUACCAAGUGCCAGUCCAAGGCAUAAGCCCAAACUUGGUUUAUCAAAGCCUACUAUCAUGGGAUUUCCACCCAAGGAACUGGUGACCUACGCUAAGGAGACACAAACUCCGACAGAGACUAGUGACAAAUCAGACCAAUCGGACAGCGAAGAUGAUGAGGAGAUGCCUCCUGAACCGGCUCCAGUUGCACCGGUCCCUGAAGUUGCUCCAGUUGAAGAAGAAAAGGAAGAAGAACCCAAAGUGAUUGAGUUGACAGAGGAAGAGAAGGAGCAGUUCUUAUCAUCAGAGGAGUUCUUGAGUCUGUUCGGUCACAGCACUAAGCUUGUUGAGAGGGCUCUGACUGAAGACAAAGGAAUCUUCAUGGACUACAGGGGCAAAGGAGACGAGGAUGGAGAUGGAGAUAAGGAUGCUGGGGCCAAGCUUUCGUUGAACUGCCAGUUCUUUGAUGAGCGCUGGUCUCGUCAUCGCACUGUGACCUCGCUAGACUGGUCGACCCAGUUUCCGGAGCUUGUUGUGGCCUCUUAUAACAACAAUGAGGAAUCUCCACAUGAGCCUGAUGGAGUCGCUUUGGUCUGGAACAAUAAAUUCAAAAAGACUUCACCUGAGUUUGUCUUCCAUUUCCAGUCUGCAGUGAUGUCAGCGUCCUUUGCUCGUUUCCAUCCUAACCUCGUGAUAGGAGGCACCUACUCUGGCCAGAUUGUGCUGUGGGAUAACCGCAGUAACAAGAGGACACCAGUGCAGCGCUCUCCACUAUCUGCAGCAGCUCAUACGCACCCUGUGUACUGUGUGAAUGUAGUAGGAACCCAGAAUGCGCACAAUUUAAUAAGCGUAUCAACUGAUGGCAAGAUGUGCUCAUGGAGUCUAGACAUGCUGUCCCAGCCACAGGACAGUAUGGAGCUUCACUACAAACAAUCCAAGUCGGUAGCAGUGAUGUCUAUGACCUUCCCCAGCAAUGAUGUGAAUAACUUUGUGGUCGGUAGUGAAGACGGAUCUGUGUACACUGCAUGCAGACAUGGCAGCAAAGCUGGUAUCAAUGAGUCGUACGAGGCACACCAGGGACCAGUCACUGGUAUUGAUUGUCAUCAUGUACAGGGACAGCUAGAUUUCUCUCAUCUCUUCCUAUCAUCAUCGUUUGACUGGACCAUGAAACUAUGGAGUCUCAAACAAUCUAAACCUCUAUACUCAUUUGAGGACAACAGUGAUUAUGUUUACGAUGUGCAAUGGUCACCAGUUCACCCAGCUUUGUUCGCUGCGGUGGAUGGGAUGGGAAAACUGGACCUAUGGAAUCUUAACAAUGAAACAGAGGUUCCUACUGCUAGUGUGACCCUUGAUGGUCAGCCAGCAGCCAACCGAGUCCGAUGGUCUCACAACGGUCAGCAGAUAGCGGCUGGAGAUGCAGAGGGUAGAGUCUUCAUCUAUGAUGUAGGAGAGAGUCUUGCCACUCCAAGGCACGAUGAAUGGUCUCGUUUUGUACGUACGUUAGCCGACAUCAAAGCAGUCACAGCAGAUGCUGAUGAUGACGACGUAUCCAGAUAGAUCUGCUUCUUCACUGUUGCCCAACUCCAAAUACAUUUCCUUUGAUGACCAACAUGCCUAUAGCCCGUAUUGAAUAUGACGUCACCGUUUAAAUAUCUUCCCUACAACAUGGCGUCUGUGCGGGUGUGCGUACGUGUGUGCGUGCGUGUGUCGUAGAAAUCAAACGGUUUGCCCUACAAGAUGGCGACUUUCAUAGCAAAAAAGGGUUAUUCAAUACGGUCUAUAAUCACCCAACCCUCUUCCCUCCCAAUGUAACAAACUUGUUGUAGUAGUUAGUGCUAAAUGUAAAUGAAGUCCGCAUGAUUCAUCUAUAAAUUUAACAGUAAACUGCUUAAGCACAAAAAGUAGCGAAGCAAACACAAAUUGUGCUCACCAGAAUAUGGUUGCCAGCCAAAGUACAAUUUCCACAUGUACCAUUUUUGACUGGUAUCCUGCUUAACAUGUUAGCAGUAAGCAGAAAGCAAACAUUUCUGCUUUAAAGGGAAGGUACACGUUUGGUAGUUACUCAAAACAAGUAUUAACUUAAAAACUAACUUGGUAAUGAGCAU